AUGGCUAGGUCGAAACAAGCUACGCCGUUGCGCAGAGACCCAUCUUCUGAAUAUGUCCAGGGAGUUGGAAAUGGGACGCCGAGUCGAAGUGCCAGGAAAUUGGACACAGAGGUUGUGAAGGAGAAUUCUACAAAUGGAUUCGCCCAUGGAGAAGUUCUAAAGCCCAUUGUGCCGGACACGAAGGAAGCUGGCGCAUUGCAGUUUUUGGUAGCUGUAGGAGGUAUAUAUGGCUCUUUUCUUACCUGGGCCCUCCUCCAAGAACGGCUGACAACGACUCCCUACGGCGAUGCCUCCAAGCCCGAAGUCUUCAAGUUCCCCGUCUUCCUCAACACCGUACAAUCCAUCUUUGCAGCACUCACUGGAUACAUCUACCUGCGCCUCGACACCAAGCCCGGCGCGUCCCCAGCACCCAUCUUCCCCAGUAGCCGCAUCCUAUUCCCGCUCUGCAUCGUAGCAUUGACCAGUUCCCUCGCCUCCCCAUUCGGCUACGCAUCCCUCGCGCACAUCGACUACAUAACCUUCAUCCUCGCGAAAUCAUGCAAGCUGCUCCCCGUCAUGUUCCUCCACAUCACGCUCUUCCAGAAACGAUACCCGCUAUACAAAUACCUCGUUGUGUGCGCUGUGACUGCCGGCGUAGCGGUGUUUACUCUACAUGCAGGUUCGCACUCGAAGAAACCGUCCAAGGCGUCUAUAAACCCGGAUAGGAACGGUACAUGGGGCUUGCUCUUACUAGGGGUAAACCUGCUGCUCGACGGCCUGACAAACACAACGCAAGACUAUAUAUUUACGGCUUUCCAGCCCUACAAAGGCCCGCAGAUGAUGUGCGCCAAUAAUAUCAUCAGCACACUCCUUACGUUCUCGUAUCUAGCGCUGAGUCCGUAUCUGGUGCAUACGGGUAUUGGUGAGUAUCUGGGUAUGGAUAUCACGAGUGGUGGGGGAGGGGAGUUUGCCGCUGCUCUAGCGUUUAUGGGGAGACAUCCAGGGGUAUGGUGGGAUGUCGUUGGGUUUGCAGUUUGUGGAGCUGUUGGCCAAGUUUUCAUCUGGGAGAAAGAAAGAGAAAAGAAGAAAAAACUAACCAGCAAAACAGUCUACACCCUCUCAACAUUCUCCUCCCUCCUCCUAGUAACCAUAACCGUAACCCGCAAGAUGCUCACCAUGAUCCUUUCCGUCGUCUGGUUCGGCCACACCCUCGGCGGGCGACAGUGGAUGGGCGUUGGGCUUGUGUUUGGAGGCAUUGGUGCCGAGGCGCUUAUUACGAGGCGGGAGAAGGCUGCUAAGGAUGCUGCUAAGGCCAAGGGGAGAAAGAAGGAACUAUGA